AUGACUCGAAGUGAAGUUCCAAUCUCUGGUAUCUCCGUUUUUCACUUUCACGACGUCACCUGGCGAUAUGUCGGACAAAUGCCGCCAACGAAGAAAUUACACCGUUACUUGUAUUAUGUGUAUUCACUAGUUUUAAAUUUGCUCAUAACCGUUGGCUAUCCAACACAUCUGAUGAUUGGCCUAAUCAAAAGUGACAGCAAAUCGGAUAUGUUCAAGAAUAUUUGUAUCAACCUAACCUGCCUGGCAUGCAGCAUCAAGACAUUUGCAUUUUGGUGGCGUCUAGCUGAGGUUCAAAAGAUUUAUGCUAUCAUCGCGAAACUCGAUAAUCACAUAUCACAGUCAGCUGAUAAGCAAUUGUACAUGGCCACAGUGAGUCGUGCCCAGCGUGUGCUCUACUUUAUACUUUUCAUUGGACUCGGUGCUGCGUUUUCAUCGGAAGUUGCCACCAUAAUUGGUGGUUUUCUGGGUGAAUGGCGUCUCAUGUAUCCGGCAUAUUUUCCCUUCGAUGUAGAGCGUAGCGUCUGGGGUUACACAACCGCGCAUAUGUAUCAGUGUAUUGGUGUAACUAUACAGAUCUUCCAAAAUAUCAUCAAUGAUACUUUUCCACCAAUGGCAUUGGCGAUGUUGGCUGGCCACGUACGGUUGUUGAAUGUGCGUGUGGCACGUGUGGGGCACGAUGCACGCGUCGCCUCGGUGCGCCGACAGGUGUCCAAUGCACAGUUCUUGUUGUGCGUGGAGGACUACAAAGACUUGCUAGAGUUUCGUAUUGCAAUUCAACGCAUCUGUUCUCUUGGCACUUUUGUGCAAAUUCUGGUUACCGCCAUCAAUAUGGGUGUGGUCAUUGUUUAUUUAAUCUUCUAUGUUGACGGCAUAUUCGCAUAUAUCUACUAUACAGUAUUUUUGUUUGCAAUGCCUUUGGAGGUAUUUCCGCUGUGCUACUAUGGCACUUACAUGCAGUUGGAGUUUGAGCAGCUAACCUACGCCAUAUUUUCCUGCAAUUGGAUGGAGCAGACUGUUGCGUUCAAGAAGAAUCUACUCAUUUUCGCGGAGCAGUCUUUGCGUAAGCAAGUCGUCGUUGCGAGUGGCAUGUUUGCUGUUAAUUUGGAUACUUUUUUUGCGACUUUGAAGGGUGCAUACUCGCUCUUUGCACUCGUGGUGCAAAUGAAAUAGAAACGAAUAAAGCAAAGUUUGUGUAUUUAGAAAUGGUUUAUUGUUGUUAAAUUAUACAUUAGUGUAUAACUAAUAAAGCAUUACAUUAUUUAUAGCUUCAGCUUAAAGCCUUAGAACUUGGCGCUUA